AUGUGCUUUUCAAUCUUGCAAGUUCCCAGAUGCAGAAUCCACACCUUAGCUAAUUUUUGCUGGGGAAGCUCUCACAGUUUAAAUAGGACAUGCGACAAGAUUUUCCGCUUUCGAUUGCUGGGUUCCAAAGCCAAUUGUCUGGAAGGAGGAUACAGUAAAAGAUGGAUCAAAAGACCUGCAAGUACCAAAACAGGAGGAAGUAGCAGAACAAAUCAAGAAAGCAAAUCAACCACCAUUGGACAUGAAAUUUUGGACGAAACAGUUUCAACUAGGUCUACGUUGAGUAUAAACAAAACAGAAGUAAGCGAGUUUCAUAGAAUUCCAUACUGUGAUAUUCAACAAAUGAUUGCUCAGAACAAAGACAUCACCAAGUUUUUGACAUUUAUUGUCUUUGAUAUUGAGACUACUGGGUUCAGCAGAGAGAAUGAACGCAUUAUUGAGAUUGCAUUUCAGGAUCUUCAGGGAGGUGAAAACAGCACUUUCCAAACUCUAGUGAAUCCCGGACGCCAUGUUGCUAAUUCACAUAUCCAUAACAUUACAACACAUAUGGUCUGCAGAUCUGAUGUCCCAAGAAUGGAAGAGUUGAUUCCUAUAUUACUGCAGUAUGUGAAGAGCCGCCAGAAACCAGGCGGCUAUGUAAUAUUUGUAGCUCACAAUGCUCGUACUUUUGAUGUACCAUUUUUGGUUAAUGAAUUCAGUCGCUGCCAUUUUGAAAUUCCUCCCAAUUGGCUUUUUGUGGACACGCUUCCUCUGGCACGUGAAUUGCUGAAGUUGGAAGGAUUGAAGCUUACUUCAGGGACAUCACUAGAUGCUCUUUGCAAGAGGUAUAAUAUUCAAUUUGUUGGAAAAGCACACAGAGCCAUGGCAGACGUGACCGCAUUAUCAUUAGUUCUUCAGAGGCUGACUUUCGACUUGAAACUCCCACUUUCUGGCCUGAUAGCAAAACAUUUUACACCUUCAGAUUUGACAUCUGUAAAGAAGAAGAAAUAG